GGGGUCACAAGAUCAGUUCACUAAGAGCGUCCAGGGCCAUUAGGUGUGGUGGUUGUUAACACGCUACUUGGAACUACAUGGCCUCUUCCCUAACGACCAGCAAUAACAGGAUGUAUACUCUUGAACAGAAAGUUGAGUUCCUUAACAAACUGGACUCUCGCGGCUCUAAGAGUUUCAAGACAAUGUCGCAGGAGUUGGGGGUGUCGAUAACCCUUCUUAAACAAAUACUGAGGGAGCGGGAUUUGAUACUAAGUAACUUCGAAUUUUCUCGGGGUCCUUCUGAACCCAUUGUCGUUGACCUAGAAUUAUUUCUUGGACAAUGGUAUUUAAGCAAGGUACUUCUUGGCGUACCAAUGACAGAUCGCCUCAUUAAAAAAAGGGCGCUUAAGUUGGCUGAGAGAUUUAACAUGACCAACUUUGUCGCUUCUGACGAGUGGUUAGCCAACUUCAAGACUACACAUUGUGACCUAAAUCACCCCGAUGACACGGGACGUGAACUGUCCAGAGGUCACGACGUGGUCUGUGAACUUGAAGACUCUGACAGUUCUGGAGAUGCUGCCUUCACCCCGAGUGACUGGGUCACACUGGAACAGUUUACACCAGUGACCCCUACGGUGGAGCCACACUUCGCCAGCGAUCCUGAGCCUUGUAAACAGUUUGAAGACUUGUCUAGUUAUGACCCUACCGAUCUUUGCCACCAGAUUUUUGACAUUUCUCCUUCCUACGAGGUCGAGACGGUCUCUGACGGUGCCUGCGGACAGGCAGAGACGGAAGACGGUCCCCGUCUUGUGCCCGUCGCGGAUGCCUGUGUGGCUAUAGAUUUAUUAUUAAAGUUUGUGUUGGAAAAUUUUCCAACAGACGUACCGUUGUUAUGCGAGUUUAUCCUCUAUCUCAACCAGGUUAAGGCUCGCUGGCUAGAACUAUAGCCCUUUAGUCCUGUCCAUCUGCUAGGUUUUUAAACUGGCUUUCGAAAUUAGUUUUUCAAAGCUAAUUUUUUUAGAAGGUGAUUUUAACAAGAUUAUCAAUAAUUUUUUAAUGGUAGUUGGUGAUUAGUCCAUACAAGGCAUCAUUCAUGACUGGUCCUCCUAGUUUUAUAACUAGUUGUAAUAGGGCCUUAAACUUCUGAGAUGUUGGUAACACUGCUCCUAGUUUAUAAGACGCUGUGUUCCACCAGUAAUGGCCUCGUUAAGCAUAAGUCUUUACCCAACAUGUCUAGUAAAGAUUGCCUUUAAAGUCUUGACUCUACAACUGGUUCUACCAAAGGAUAUACUCUAGGUUGACAAAUGCAAUCUGUGAGACAUGUGAGCUUGGAAAGAUUCGUCCCUAGUUGGUGGGUGUGUCUACGCUCCUAAAGAUCCUCUGAAUACACCAGGCGACCUGUUAAUCAAUUCCUGUUUGCUCUACUACAGAGUCUUCCUGGCAUUGCGCCUUCUUUUGAAUAAUUGCUCCAGAUAUCGCAAGAUUUUCUCUAGAUUCCAGCGAUUCCGCUACAUUUUAAUCAUUCCCCGUGUCGUUAACUGUUACUCUUAGUGCUACUUUGCUACGUGGGAUCUACAUGUAGAGUGGUUGAGGCACCUAUACACUCAGUCUGACUUGGCGUAUACCCCAGAACUACUCUAGGAGAUGGUUAAUGGUGCUGUUAGUGUCUUGGGGCCGUGAACCUUUGCUUCAGGAGGUCUCUAACGAGGCAGCACAGUCUGACGGAUGAAACGUUUUCCUAGAGGAGUAUGCUGAUGUGUAGCAGGGAGCAGAGGCCGCGUCUGCGGUGACACCUUGCCAGCCGCAGCCCCGU